UCAAAAUAAUCUCAUUUCAUUUUUUCUUAUCUCUGAAACUUUAUUUUUCGUUCAUUAUAAAGCUGUAUUUUAAUUUCACUAAUCUCAAUAUAGUGAUACGAGUGUCUGCUUUAUCUCGUUUUAAAAUAUCGUACUCGAAAGAUAAAUACAAUGGAAAUUCCAUUUCGAUCUUUGCGCAUUAUUAACCGGCUUUUACGAAAACCUUUUGGAUUUUCAGCUUAUAGAUGUGUUUCUAAUGCAGCUGUCAAAGAAGAGGCAUGUCCAGAACUCUUGAAUUCAUUUAACCAAGACAUUAGGGCUGGCGGAGCAGUGCCAGUAUUCCGAAGAGCAUUAUUGUUCCCAUCACGUAUUGCCCUGCAGGAUGACUUUGGUACCUACACUUAUGCUACCCUGUAUCGAGCCGCCACCGCACUUAGUAAAGAUAUUGGAGCUCAACUUUUGGGUGAAACUGAAUACACUAUUUCAUACAUGUGUAGCAAUGAUGCCUCUCACAUUGUUGUGCAAUGGGCAAUAUGGAUGACGGGGAAUAUAGCUGUACCGCUGACCCCACUUCAUCCAGCUGAGAUGCUAAAAUACUAUAUUACAGACAGUGGAUCAAAUUUAAUCAUUUGCCUACAAGACUAUGAGAAAAUCCUCCGUCCAGUCUCUGAAGAGCUCAAAAAACCUUUACUAGUUGUAUAUAGGCCUAAAGAUGGCCAGGAUGAUUAUGGCAAAGAAAGUCUAGCCGAAGUUAUGAAUGGCAAAGAUAAUCUGGCCAAAGUUAUGAAUGGCAAAGAUGAUCUGGCCAAAGUUAUGAAUGGCAAAGAUGAUCUGGCCGAAGAUAAUAGAGGCAAAGGUGAUCAAGGAUAUGCACAGGAAGAUUCAAUUAGUGAUGUUGGUCCAUCGAAUAUGUGGUACGGUGGUACAGAGGCUAUGCUUAUUUAUACCAGUGGUACAACCAGCAAGCCCAAAGGUGUGGUUUGGACGCACAACAUGCUCACCACACAGAUAGCAUCACUGCAGGCCGCGUGGCAGUACUCUGCGUCUGAUGUGGUCCUACACACGUUGCCCUUGCACCAUAUACAUGGACAACUUAAUUCCCUUAACGCCUCUCUGGCAGCUGGAGCUAGAAUACGAAUGCUGCCAUCGUUCGCGUCUCACACGGUCUGGGCUCGUCUCCUGGGCACUGGUGACCGGGAAGACUCCCGUGUGUCGGUAUUCCACGGGGUUCCCGCGAUGUACACACGCUUAGCUGCUGACUACGACAAAAUGUUCGCGGACAAAAAGACGCAGGACUACGUUCGGACGACGUUGUCCUCGAAAAUGCGUCUAAUGUGCGCCGGAUCUGCUGCCUUGCCGGAGACUUUGUUUAAGAAGUGGGAGCAGAUCUCAGGAAUAAGGCUUCUAGAGCGAUACGGCAUGUCGGAGUGUGGUAUGGCCCUCAGCAACCCCUAUAGACCCGUGGAAGGCAGAACUCUGGGUUGUGUGGGCUCACCCCUCCCGGGGGUAUCGGCCAGGUUGGCGACUGUGACUGACAAGGGUCUGCAGCCUUCAGUCACUGUGGAAUCACCAGAUCCUGAUACUCGGAUAUAUCUCGACAGACUUGGCUUAACACCAACCAAGGAAUCCUUUGAGGGUAGUUGGAAAACUACUGUGGUAGAACACAAGCUGAGCGAGACUGGCGUCUUCGAAGGAGAACUGUUGCUCAAAGGACCGGCUGUCUUCUCUAGAUACUGGAACCGAGCUCCUCAACUGGACUCUCCCGAUUUCACCGAGGACGAUUGGUUCCGUACGGGAGACACCGCGUCAUUCUCCGACGGCAGGUUCAAAAUCCUCGGCCGCACUUCCGUGGACAUCAUAAAAACCGGCGGCUACAAAGUCAGCGCAUUACAAGUCGAAUCCGCCAUUCUGGAACACCCAAGCGUCGCUGACGCAGCAGUUUUAGGUAUAGAUGACAAUAAUUACGGUGAAAUCAUUGCCACUGUAAUAGUUCUCAAGGAAAAAGCUACACUCGAUUUGAGGGAGUUGAAAGACGUCGCUGGGAAAAAGUUGGCACCUUACCAGUUGCCGAGAACGAUGUUGGUAGUGGACGUGAUGCCUAGGAACGCUAUGGGAAAGUUGGAUAAGAAGGAAAUUAAAAAACGCUUCGGAGACCAACUGAUCAUGAAAAAGAAGUAGAUAUCUACAAGCCUAUAAACAUUCAAGGUCAAACUGUUAUAGUUCAUUUGAGUUAAGAAAAUAGUGAUUUAAGGUUGCCUACAGCGCUGAAGAGCGGAUUGUUUACACCCCAAGGGCACAUAGACAGACGACAUAAAACGAGUCGCAUGUAGUUAAAGUCAAAGUGAAAUAUUUCAUUAUUCAAAUAUGCACAUAGAUGGCACUUCUGAUGCGUACAUUACGUAAAUGAUGCGAUAAUUACAUUCAACUUACAACUAAAGCUACGAGAAUUCCAAUCUUUGCCUGAUCCAAGAAACCUAUAAAACUAGCCGGGUGUUGUUUUUGUUAUCACCAUCUCACAAUGUUAUUAACUCGCUGAAUACAAGCAAGGCAAACGAUAUAAAAUACCUAUUUUGCCUAUUUGCCAAAUUGAUGUGCAUUGGCAUUAAUUUGCAAGUAUGUACUUAAGUUUUUAUUAAAACGAAAUUCAUACUUUCGUACUAAGAUGACGAUGAUGAAAGUGCGUUUGUUCGUUUGUCCUUCCUUACCGCCUUAAUUAAGUAACCAAGCAACUUGAUAUUUGGCAUUGGUGACGCGGCGUAACAUAGGCUAAUUUUUAUUCCGGGAACACAAACGGUUCUCACGGGAUUUGUGAAAAAAAAAUAAGAUCUUUGGCUAGAGCUAGCAGCAGCUAUUUAAUAUACUUUUUAAUCCCUACUAAUAUUAUAAAUGUGAAUGUAAG